UACAGGUCUUCCCCUUCGGCUAUUUGUAAUGGACAGUUACGCUGAGUUAAGCGAAGACCCACAAAUGCUUCCACCUCCCCCUGGCAGUUUCGUUGACCGUGAAGAACUCAUCCAACAUGUUGGGGAGUUUGCAGUAACCCAGGGAUAUAUUGUUACUAUCAAGCAGUCUAAGAAGGACAAAGUGGUAGUUCUUGGCUGUGACAGGGGAGGUGUUUAUCGUAAUAGGCGUAAGUCCAUUGACGAGGUCUCUGGCGAACAUCUCCGCAAAAGGAAAACUGGUUCUCGGCUUACCAACUGUCCUUUCGAACUUGUGGGUAAAAAGGAAGAUGGCUUAUGGGUACUUACGAUUAAAAAUGGUUCACACAACCAUGAAGCUUUAAAGGACAUUUCGGAGCAUCCCUCUGCUCGCCGCUUCACAGAGAAAGAAAUAUUGCUCAUUAAAGAGAUGACAGAAGCUGGUUUAAAACCACGCCAAAUUUUAAAGCGACUGAGACAAAGCAAUCCAGAGCUUUUAUCAACACCAAAGCAUGUUUACAACGUUAAAGCUAAACUCCGACAAGGAAAUCUUACAGUGAGAAGAUUUAAAUCAUUGAAGCCUCAGACAUCUGCCGAGGGAAACUCUCCCUCAACUACUGACCCUUCUUGGAGGAAACGCCACCCUCCGAGGGUCCCAAAUCUCAUUGGCGGUAGAUUUGUUGACUCACAAUCAUCAACAUCCAUUGAUGUAAUAAAUCCCGCUACACAGCAAGUGGUCUCUCAAGUUCCUUUAACUACUAGUGAAGAAUUUAGGGCUGCAGUAUUUGCAGCAAAACGGGCUUUUCCAUUGUGGCGGAACACACCCGUUACUAACCGUCAGCGCAUCAUGUUCAAGCUUCAAGAACUUAUUCGAAGGGAUUUUGAUAAGAUUGCCAUGACUAUUACUACUGAGCAGGGUAAGACAUUAAAGGAUGCCUAUAAUGAUGUGUCCCGUGGCCUUGAGGUGGUGGAACAUGCUUGUGCAAUGGCAACUCUUCAAAUGGGGGAAUUUGUUUCAAACUUCUCAAAUGGAAUUGAUACGUACAGUAUUAGAGAGCCACUUGGUCUUUGUGCUGGGAUUUGUCCUUUUAACUUUCCGGCGAUGGUUCCUUUGUGGAUGUUUCCGAUAGCAGUUACAUGUGGUAAUACCUUUAUUUUAAAGCCGUCAGAGAAAGAUCCAGGGGCUUGCAUGAUGAUUGCAGAAUUAGCAAUGGAGGCCGGUUUGCCUAACGGGGUCUUAAAUGUUGUUCAUGGAAGUAGUGAUAUUGGCAAUGCUAUCUGUGAUGAUGAUGAUAUUAAAGCUAUAUCUUUCGUCGGUACGGAUACGGCCGGCAUGUACAUACAUGCAAGAGCAUCUGCUAAUGGUAAACGUGUUCAGUCCAAUAUUGGAGCCAAGAAUCAUGCAAUUGUCAUGACUGAUGCAAGAAUGGACGCUACUUUAAAUGCUCUGGUUGCGGCUGGAUUUGGUGCUGCAGGACAAAGGUGCACAGCAUUGAGCACAGUUGUUUUCGUUGGAGGCUCAAAAUCAUGGGAAGAUAAACUAGUGGAGCGUGCAAAAGCAUUAAAAAUAACUGCUGGAACUGAACCCGAUGCAGACCUUGGUCCAGUGAUUAGCAAACAGGUGAAGGAACGGAUAUGCAGAUUGAUCCAAAUGACUGUUGACAGUGGUGCCAGACUAAUUCUUGAUGGAAGACAGAUUGUGGUUCCACAAUACGAACUGGGCAACUUUAUUGGUCCCACCAUCUUAUCUGAUGUCACUGACAACAUGGACUGUUGCAAGGAGGAAAUUUUUGGACCAGUUCUUCUUUGUAUGCAGGCUGAUAGCUUAGAUGAGGCCAUCGGCAUUGUUAACAGACAUAAAUAUUGCAAUGGGGCUUCUAUAUUUACUUCAUCUGGUGCGGCUGCAAGGAAAUUCCAGACUGAGAUAGAGGCUGGGCAGGUUGGCAUAAAUGUUCCUGUUCCAGCGCCCCUGCCUUUUGUCUCAUUCUCCGGCUCUAAGGCGUCGUUUGCUGGAGAUCUGAAUUUCUAUGGCAAGGCUGGAGUUCAUUUUUACACGCAGAUUAAAACAGUGACUCAGCAAUGGAAGGAUUUUUCUGAUUGCGGUGAAGUAUCCCCAGAACUGCAACUGAAGGAUUUCCCAAGUAGCGAUGAAACUUGCCUGGCAUUACAUUCGAAGGAACUCCCAAGUAGUGAUGCAGGAUUCCUGGUGUCACAAUCGAAGGAGUUCGCCAGUAGUGAUGGUGUUUUCAUGGCACUACAAUCGAAAGAUUUUCCAAGUAGCAAUGGCAUGUCGGCCGCGAUAACAGCAAUUGAUGGAUCAGAGUGGACCAAAAAUACCUAGAAAUAUAUCUUUUAUAUGAUUUUAAGGAGACUCUGAAUAGCAAGGGAUGGUAGAUUGAAGGUUUCACUGCAGAAGUUUACACAGGGCCUUUAACAUGCUGGGAAGCUUACUCUAGAGCCGAAAUCAAGCCUGUCGAAGUCACUAACUGCACAGCCAACGUACUAGAUUUGAACAUGUUUUAAGUUGGCAUGACUACAUAGUCCCAGUCAUCCCUUUCGAAUGUUGCUGACAGAAGAUAUCAUCCCUUGAAUCAUCAAAUCCAGAAAUAGGCAGCCCGAGAUUUAAUAUGGUGCUUACUCAAAUGUUGUGAUUUUCUACUUUUGCAACUUGUGGGAUGGGAAUGCUCAAAGCCCUUUUGCAAUCAUUAUGUGGCCUUGAUAAAUGAUCUGGCCGUUUGAGUUCUGUGGAUCGAUUCACUGGUGUCGUUGUUAUGGGUGCUUCAAGCCUAAAUUAGUCAUUUUAGUUUAAGAUGGUUGAUCCUUAAGAACUAGCUAGGCUCAUGUCAGUUCUCCUUUUUGUGUAAAUUAUUUAUGCACUUUAACGAGGCCUGGAAAAAUCGUAGAGUUGAAUGUAAAUACCAAUUGCUUUGGGGAGGAUUGUGUUAAGCUUUAUUUAUCUGUUGGAGGAAGAGCAAGGCUUGAAUACAAACCACCCCCACCCCACCCCGCAAAUUCCUUUUUCACCUCCCAACUCUGUGUGUGUAUGAC